AUGACAAUUACAAAUACUAGUUUCACCAGAAAUGUGGAUCGGACAAGGCCACCGCGACUGUGGCCGCAUGUAGGAGUGGUACCCCUUGGAAUGCAGAUGAGACGCGGUUGUACCAUCUUGCGGCUUCCUAGACGGUUCAUUGAGGGCAAUCGCAAAGCAUCAGCCCUUUCAUCCCCUUCAUCGGCCCAGAAUGGCUCGAAUGCUCCACCGACCCGGCUCACCUUUGGCCCAGAAUUUACGAUGCGAAAUGCUUGCAGCCCGAGACGAGUGCUGCAGCCAUUGGCGACGCCUGGAGUGCAGAAGGAGUCAGGCGAGGGUCUGAUCAUAGUUAUGCUGGAGUUCCCAAAGUCCACAAUUCAACUUAGCGCUGGGACGAGCGAGUGUGCUGCCGCCCUCGAGGAGGCCUGGAUGAAAGCCUGCUCUGAGACGGUGAAAGAAAUUGGGGCAAGUAAUCGACAUUCCAUCUAA